AUGAAACAAAUAGUCAUACUCUUUGUUUUGAUUAUAUUCGCAACAGCUUCCAGUGGUAACUAACCUAAUAUAAACAGUAGAUCUGCUAAAGUCAUUAUCUAAAUUUGCUGAUAACGGGGAUAAUUCUUCCAAAUUUGCCAAGAGUACAGUUUCUCCAUUUUCUGAAGAAGAAUCUGAAGAUUACGAUAACGAAGACACUGAACCCACUAAGAAAAUGACACCCAAUUCCUAAUAAGACGACGACGACGACGAAGUUGAUGUUAUGGCCUAAUUGAAAAGUUACUAACAGAAACUUUCCACAAGCAAAGAUGCUAAGCCCCCUCAACCACAAAAGAAGUAGGUUCAAGUAAUUUCUGAAUCAGAAUCUGAAUACGAUGAUGAAGAUGACAGUGGUAACAUGUGGAGUAGAGGGAUAUCAAAAAAAUUGGCUUAAACUGAAUCUAAACCAUUAGUGUUACCAAUACAAUCAGCUAAAGAAUAAAUAAAGAACGAUUUCAACCAAUUUACAAGUUUAAAAAUGCCUGAAGUGCAAUAACGACCUCAAGAAACUAAAUCACAAGAUCAAAGUCCAAAAGUGUAAGAGGAUUCAGGAAAAGAACAUUCAGCUGAUUUUGAAAAAAUGAAACAAGCUUAAUUAGAGAAAUACAGCAAAAGAUUUCACCUUGAUGAACCUAAAGAAUCUAAGAGUAUGUAUGAGGAUGAUAGUCUGAAAGAAUUCAUGCCAAAAAUCAAUUUUCAACCUAUCAACAUACCAGAGUCCAAAACUUCAUAAUAAAUACAACCAAAUCCAGAAAAAAAAUAAGAAAAUAAUAAACAUUAUCAAUCAGAAACUGAUGAAUCUGAUGAAGAAGAAGAAGAAGAAGAGGAAUCUUUGGAAAUUAAAAAAAAGAAUUCAUUAUCAAAUAAAAACAAUAAUAAAGUUGACUAAUAACCUAACACAGAUGCAUUUGAUUUCUUUAAUCAAAAUAAACAAUAAUAGAAGUCAAAUAAGAAAAAUUAACAAAUUGAAUAGUCGGAGUCUGAGAAUGAAGAAAGUGAAUCUGCUUAAGAAGUGGAUGACGAUGAAGAUUAUGUUUAAUAGGUCAAGAAAAGCAAGAAAUAAAAGGACGAUAAAGAAGAAUAAAAGAGAAAAUAAAAAUAACUCCAAUAAUAAUAGGAAGAAGAAGAAGAAUAAAGAAGAUUGAUGAUGAAAAAAUAAAAAGAAUAAUAAAUUCAAUAAGAGGAAUUAAGAAAGAAAUAAGAGGAGGAAGAGAGAUAGCAAGAGGUAGCCAAAUAGUAAAAAUUAAAAAGAGAUUCUGAUGAAGAAUAGAUUCCUUAAAAGAAGAAGUCAAAAAAAUAAAAAAAGUAAUUGAGUUUAGAAGAAUUUCAAUAAUCUUUGAAAGUAGAAGAGGAGAAACCUCAAUUGACAUCGUUUGCAUAAAAGGAGGCAAAAGAAAAAGCAAUAUUAGAAUAGAAAACAUUUACAUUAGUAAAGGAGACUCCACAAUAAGUUUAAGAAUAGAAAGUAUUUAAAUUGUAGGCAGUUCCAAAGAAGCAACAAUAACUUAUUCAAGAGGAAGAGUCGGAAGGAGAAUCAGAAAGCGAAGAUGAUGAAUUUGAUACUCCUAAAUCUAUUAAUUGCUUUGAAAGUAAGAACAAAUUUAUAUAAUAAAUCUGCUAAUUAUGUUAGACUAAAGUAGCUUAUUAGGUUAAUCAACAGAAUUGGUAGAAGAUUGGAAUAAAUGACGGUUUCAGGUAUUUAUUAAAAAUUGUAUCAUAUAUCUUAGGAAUUUAGGCAAUCCUUUGAGCCGCUGAUCGAGUUCACUUUCAAAAGCAUAGGUGAAGUUGGAUCAUACUAUUUGAGUUUUAAAGAUCAUACAGUUUGUUUAAGUGCGGAAAAUUUAACGAAGAUGGUAGAUUUGAUAUAUUAUGUUUUAUAGACAAAUGUGGAUAAAGUAUUAAAGCACUUCACAGGGAAUUAAUUAGCUGAUUACAAUUCCCCAGUUGAUAUUCCAGCUAAAAGUUAGCCCAUUAACUUUUUAUUGAGUGCAGAAUACGGUAAAUAAUGUAGAAUAAAUUUAGAUUCCUUAUUAAAUGGAUUUUCAUGCCGAAGAUUUUAAAUAGCCAUAAAAACAGAUCUGAAAUAUAAAUUGAGUAAGAAAAACGAUAUUAAUGUUAAGCAAAUAAUAUUUUAUAAAAAUAAGGUAAAAUUCAUGUUAACUGAUAGUUAAAAUUAAAAUAUAUUGGUUUGAUUUAAAUAAAUGGUGUUGUCCAUCAAGCAAGUUUUGAUUAGGAAGAAGGAGGAGAAGUCACAAAUUUAAUUGUUACUCAAUUGAAUCUGCCCAAAGAACAAGGAGUCAUAGCCAGUUUGGUUGAUAAAUAUGUGGAUAGUAAUUUCGUUGCAGAUAUGCUCCAGAAAUCGGGUAAUUUUUAGUUCUUAGACUUAGAAUAAAUGAUGGCUGAUUUAUAGAUCUAGACACAUAUUAAGAAUGAUGAUAUUGGACUCACAUUUAAUUUAAGAAAGAGGAAGGGAAAAUUAUGA